CUAUUCUGCAUCACUGAAAGCCAAUAUAGACAACCAUACAGCAGCAAAACACAUAGGUGAAAAACCCUACAUGUGUGGUGAGUGUGGAUAUAGGACAGUUCAAAAGUCAAAGUUAUCCAGACAUAUGAGAACCCACACUGGAGACAAACCCUACAUGUGUGACCAAUGUGACUAUUCUGCAGCACUGAAAGCCAAUUUGGACAACCAUACAGCAGCAAAACACACAAGUGAUAAACCCUACAUGUGUGUAGAGUGCGGGUACAGGUCGGCACAAAGGUCUUCCUUAUCCCGAAAUAUGAGAACUCAUACAGGAGAAAAGCCCUACAAGUGUGAGCAAUGUGACUAUUCUGCAGCACAGAAAACCACUUUAAACGAGCAUCGCACAAAACACAAGGGUGAGAAACCCUACAUGUGUGGAGAGUCUGGGCACAGGUCAGUUCCCUACAUGUGUGAGGUGUGUGGUUACAGAACAGUUAACAAGUCACACUUGUCUAGACACAUGAAAACCCAUCAACCACACUGACGUAACAUGUGUAACCCACGCGACAGUUACUAAAUCGUCUUUCGACCAACAUGUCACAAACCACACUCCGUAGAAAAA